AUGCCAGUUCAACCACCCGAGCUAUCCUACCCCGCAUCAGACACUUCAACCAAUUUCAUCGGAUCGGAUCUUAUACGAAUGGCCCCUACUACCGAGUCUGAGGUCGACGUCCUCGUCAUCGGUGCUGGUCCCGCUGGCGUCAUGUGCGCAAACGGACUUGCGCGCGCCGGUGUGAACGUCCGCAUCAUCGACAAGAGACCAGUCAAGGUCGCGGCAGGCCAAGCCGAUGGCAUUCAACCACGCACCCUCGAGGUUCUACAGAGCUACGGACUUGCGCGACCACUCCUCGACCAGUCCGCGCAGAUGAUUAUGGCUGCAUUCUACCAACCCUCCGCGCAUGGCGGCAUCGAGCGUAUUGGCCGUGUACCCGACGUCACCGCACCAACAGCGCGCUUCCCAUACGAGGCAACCCUACACCAAGGCGCGAUAGAGAACCUGUUCUUGGACUCUAUGCGCAAGGAGGGCCUGGAAGUCGAGCGGCCGAUCAUCCCGGUGUCCUUGGAAGUAUCCGACGACGAGAAGGAAUUGAACGAUCCCACCGCAUACCCAGUCAAGGUUACUCUGCAACACCUUGAUGCCGACAGCGAUCAACUUGAGGAGAAGACCGAGGUCGUGCGCGCAAAGUUCGUGGUCGGAUGCGACGGUGCACACUCCUGGGUCCGCAAAAGCUGCGGUUUCACGAUGGACGGCGAGCAGACGGACUACAUCUGGGGUGUCGUGGACAUGUACCCCGACGAAUCGACGGACUUCCCGGAUACCCGCUGCAAGACUGCGAUCCACUCGCACAAUGGCUCCUGCAUGAUCAUCCCUCGUGAGGGCGACAAGAUUCGUCUAUACAUUCAACUCACGGAUACGGACGCUGUGGAUCCCGUCUCUGGAAGGGUCGACACGAAGCGCUACGGGCCUGCUCGUCUCAUGGAGGUUGCAAAGAAGUCCUUCCACCCGUACACGAUCAACACCGACAUCGACACUAUUGACUGGUGGACCAUCUACCAGAUUGGCCAGCGAGUCGCAUCAGACUUCUCUAAGAACGAGCGCGUCUUUAUCGCAGGCGAUGCAUGCCACACUCACUCGCCAAAGGCCGGUCAAGGCAUGAACGCGAGCAUGAAUGAUACCCACAACCUUAUCUGGAAGCUCGCACAUGUGCUUCGGGGAGAUGCAGAUUUAUCGCUGCUCAAGACCUAUGAGUUCGAGCGACGGAAGUACGCCCAGGAUCUCAUCGCCUUCGACAAGAAGUUCUCCGCCAUGUUCUCUGGCAAGUUCGACAAUGACCGUCCUGGCGGUCUCUCGCAUGAACAGUUCCUCGCCGCCUUCCAGGGCUACGGCGCUUUCACAUCCGGCAUCGGCAUCCACUACGCUUCCUCCGCAAUCACCGUGCCUGAGCAACAAGACGCCGCCAAGGGUCUCAUCGUCGGCCAGCGCCUGCUUCCUCAGCGCAUCAUUCGCGCGGCCGAUGCGCAGAGCUUCGAGAUCCAGGACCUCUGCCCCGCCGAUACGCGCUUCAAGGUCAUGAUGUUCGUCGGCCAUACGUCAUCCGACGCCGAUGUCCGUCGCAUCGAGGCCUUCCUGGACCAGUUCGAGCACCCUGAUUCGUUCUUCUCUCGCUCCGAGGUGCACAAGAAGGGCAUGCUCGACUUGCUCACGAUCUGCAAGGGGACGAAGGAUACGUUCAAUUGGAACCGUAUGCCUUAUGUCCUGCGCCGCCACUGGACCCAGGUGUUGUUGGACGACACCGACGUGCAGGGUAACGGCGGUAAGAUGUAUGAGUCCUAUGGUAUCUCCGACGAGGGCGCUCUGGUCAUCAUCCGGCCCGACGGCUAUGUCGGCACCGUCGCGGCGCUCACGGACGUCGAGAAGGUCAACUCGUACUUCCGCGAGUUCGGCACGUUCAUGAAGAACUAG